ACUGCCAUUAAGGAUCAGCAAUGCUGUGCAAGAAGUAUUGGUCUUUCUGGACAUUCUUGUGCUGUGGUUUGAUUCCUGUGAUGGGACAGAGCCACUGCCAAAGACCUUGUGAGCCAGUCAGGCAUGGUCUGGCCGUUCCGCUCGACGCUGAUGUCCUUCUGCCCUGCAGCUUCCAGUCUGGCCUGCUCCAGGAGGCCCAGAGUUUGGGGCUAGCUGUUGUGUGGAGACAGGGCCAAUUAAAUUAUUUGGUGGAGCUCAAGCUGCCUGAAGAAGCCUUAUUCUGGGAUUCUAGGAAAGGCAGAGUUGGAGUCUUCAAACAUCUUUUCCACGAAGGCAACUUCUCCAUCCUUAUGAGAUCGGUCCAAGAAUCUGACCUGGGCUUGUACCGCUGUGAGCUGUUUGAGGGGAUCAACUGUAGCAUUGGCUGUCAAGAGGUGGAACUGAGUCUGCGAAAAGCAGGUGAUGCACGGACGGGUGUGAUGGUGAACUACUGGUACUGCGUAGCUGGCGGGGGGGUCUUCCUUUUACUGCUCCUUGGUUGCGCUUGUUGUGUACGGUAUAGAUGUGUCAAGGUGCAGCAGGUGCAGCAGCCAAGCCACAGUUCUGGAUGCUCCACUAUUGAAUAUGCAGAUAAUGAUUUGUACGUCAACCUGAUGUACUAUCAAGGCCAACUUCCCCAGGAAAUCGAAGGUUGCCAUAGUAGCAGUAGCAGUAACAGAAAACAGGAUGAAGGCGAUGGACAAGAAAUGCCGCUGUCUAUCGAUGCCUGCGUAGCUGAAUUUCAGUUUUAAUUUUAUUUACUUUGUGAUACUGCAUUUAUAAAAUGUGUUACAUAUUUAAACUGUAAAAUAACCUCAGAAUUGUGGGGGCUGUGGAAAGAGGGAUAUGCAUUAAUUGUUUUUGGAUUUUCAUAUGUAUUUCUUUAUUAAUAAACAAUAAAAAUAAGUGAAGUACUAUGUUAAACUGGGUCACAUACUUCUUAAUUUCAAUAGUUUCCAUUGUCUCUGCUGUGGUGCAUGGGAUUGCCUCGUUGGUAAUGCAAUGCUGUUUAAUAAAUGUAUACUUGUCUGUGCCA